GUUCUGCACUUGCUCUCUUGAUCUCAAGUGGGUCUAGGCGAGCGCGCUGUCAGGAAGCGAGCGUGAAUUGUCACAGUCUUGAGUCUACUAUAGAGCUAUCCCCUCGUUUAUCGCACUUGUGAAUUCAGUGGUCAUUUUUAUUGAAAAUUCAGGCUAUCCAAUGGGUUUCAAAAGAGUGUGGGAUUCCUCCUGCCCCCGCGUGUGGGACAAAUGGGAGGACAACGGCACCACGUGGGUGAUUCGCGACCUCCCGCCGGAGGACGAUGAGGAGGCCAUCCAGAUACUGGUGGAAAACCUGUGUACUGAUGAAGCUUUGUGUGCUAUGAGUGAUCUCAUCAAUGACCCAGUAAGCGUGCGCAGUAUGACAGACUUCUGGCGAAUUUAUCUCUCACAGAGAAUGUCUCUAGGAUGCUAUGAGGAGAAGAACGGACAGAGCAAGCUGGUGGCACUCAACGUCUGCCUAGUUGAGUGCCAGGGGGAAGAAUCUGAUGAUGUGAUCGAAGGCGAAAGCUGGAAGAACGUGUAUGGGGCCUUAAAAGUAGCGGAGAACAGAGUAGACCACUUCAAGUAUUUGGGUUUGGACAAGGUGCUGUAUGCUCUCGGUUUGGUGGUCAAACGGGAGUACAGGGGGUCAAGACUUGGAGCUAGAAUAUUGGCUGCACGAAAACCUCUAAGUCUCCACAACGGUAUAAAAGCCACAUCGACCCUGUUCACGGGCCCCGCGUCUCAGAAGAGCGCCGCCCGCGCCGGCUUCACCACCAUAGCGAGCAUCACUUUGAAGGAACUAGCUGAAGCAGGCCUCAACUACCCCAAGGAUGAGAAUAGAUGUAUUAAACUUAUGGUUAAGAGAUUUGACGAUUAAGAAAAAUUGUAACCCUUGUCAGUUUGAUGUAUAUUUAUUAACAGACUACUGAAAAGGAGGGGUUCUCAAUGUAUUUUUUAACAUUGUUAUAUUGGCAAUUGCGAUAGUCAACGUUGUUUACCCUUAAUAACUUUGUAAGAACCUAUCACAGUUAUUUAUUCCUUAGAUAGCAACAAUUUAGCACAUAACCGGAUUGUCUGUGGACAGAUUUCUAUAGUGGGAUUAUCGUCGGUUUCGUCGGUCGGUUGUGUAUUUAAUUGAACUUGUCUCAAAAUGGCUUCAGAGUUUCUUCAUAACAAUAAUACAAGGUAUAGUAA